UCUUCGGUCUUCACCCCUGAAACUCCUCGCGGCCUCGUUUGCUUGGCCGCCUUAUCCCCAAAACCCUAUCAACCCGAAGCCCCCAGUCCAACCCCCUCCUCUCCCCAUGGCGGCCACGCUCUUCUCCACCUCCCUCUCGCCCCAGUUCCUCUCCCUCUCGGCCAAGCCGACCCCCUCCGCCGCUGCCUCCUUCCCCUCGGUGCUGCCGCAGCUCCGCGCGCUCUCCGCAUCGGCGGGCUGGAGGCAGCUCGCGCCCGUCUGCGCGGCUGCUGCUGUGACAUCGGAGCUCGAUACAGUUGGCGCGGAGGGGCAGGUCGGCGUCGAGGAAGAGUUCUCGGAGGAGCUACGGGUGUUCGUCGGCAACCUGCCAUUCAGCGUCGACAGCGCCCAGCUCGCCGGGCUCUUCGAGCAGGCCGGCUCCGUCGAGAUGGUCGAGGUCAUCUAUGACAAAUUGACUGGAAGAAGCCGUGGAUUUGGGUUCGUGACAAUGUCUUCAGUGGAAGAAGUGGAGGCAGCUGUUGAGCAAUUCAAUGGCUAUGUACUUGAUGGGAGGAGUUUGAGGGUGAAUGCAGGCCCAGCACCACCCAGGGAGCAGUCCUCACCAAGAGCACCCAGGGGCGAAGCCAACAGGGUUUAUGUGGGUAACCUGUCCUGGGGUGUUGACAAUUCAGCCCUCGCUAACCUGUUCAAGGAGCAAGGGGAGGUCCUGGAAGCCAGGGUCAUCUAUGACAGGGAGAGUGGCAGGUCAAGGGGGUUUGGUUUUGUCACAUAUGGCUCCAACGAAGAGGUUGAGAAUGCAAUAUCGAAUCUUGAUGGCACUGACUUGGAUGGCAGACAGAUCCGUGUCACGGUAGCAGAAUCAAGACCACCUAGGGGACAAUACUGAGAUCCCAUUUUAUAUGGUUUAUUUAAGCUUAUCGUUAGCCCAAAUAUGAAUUAUAGCACCGUUAUUCUUAUUCUUCAGGUAUUGUAGCUGUAAUAUCUCCAAUCAUACACCUUUCUAAAAGACAAUACCCCCAAACAUAUUGUUGAAAAGACUGAUUUUGGCAAUGAGACAUUUAUGAUUUGGUGUUGA